AUGGCUUCCGAAGGAAAUCAGCAGUCUCCUUCCACAAGCAGUGGUGGCACCCAAUUCCCCACUAUGCCAUGCGAUCCUCAAGCAUUUGCCCAAUUUUUCACCGCUUUCAAAACAUUCUAUAGGCAAUGUAGGCCGAGGGUCCUGGCUCUGCCAGCGCCAGAACCAUCGCAGGAUGUCAUACCCGAUACCUUCUCUGGCAGCCAGGAACAUCCUGGCACACCGGCUUCCACGUCUGGCGGUGUUCUACCUGAUAACCCCGCACCCGGACGCCCCCCCACACGCUCUCAGUCAGUCACUUCUAAGAAACCCAGCUUGGGCGCAAGUAAAAGUAAGGCACCCGCAAAGGGUACCAGCAAGGGAAAUGCACCUGCGAAGGGGGCCAGCAGCAAUUCUUUGUCACAGGAUGUAAGUAUUCCCAGAAUUUUUCAGGAACAGCCAACUCAGCACAGUUCAACUGAAGAGGGCUCGAGUUCCGGCUCAGAGGCAGAGCAGCUGGCGCCUCAAAUCGCCCCAGCGGCUGCCAAUACGAACCAGGCCAGCAGCGAGGCGCAAGGGGGCAAAGGAAAUCCAAAAGGAAGCACACGUCGGCAAAGAAGAAAAGAAGUAAGCAGUCUGAUACUAAAGAUGAGUCAGGUACGUCUUCCUCGGAUUCCGAUGGUGAGGGAGCUAUGGAAGGGUACUGGGGUUUUGGUGAGGAUAAUCAUGGGCUUCCUUUAUGGGUGCAUGAAAGAAGAGCCAAUUCACACCGUAAGACGCUCAAUGGAACAUUAGCGUGGAAGGAGGGAGCGCUGGUGGAAGACGUAAAAAUUUCCAUCAAUUUGUCUACAGAUUUUAUAUUAGGGAAUCAUUUGUCCCAGAAGAAGAGGAAUAAGAUCCUCAAUGGCGACUAUGUGGAUAUAUUCACUCUCCUCCCGCCUACCAAAUUAACUGGGAAAGGGGAAAAGAAGCUCCCUUUUGGUAAGCGUAAAUACAGAACACCCAGGGCCGAACGCACCUUUGACAACUGGUUGGACGGGUUCCAGGUCUUUAUGGGAGUAGUUUGCGUGGCUUAUCUCAGGCGAGCUAUGGAUCUCGUUGCUUAUUUGGCUCAUGUGAGGCGGGCUCAUACGCUGGCUGGUGAGACCGCGGCAUUAACGUAUGAUGAGAAUUUUCGUAGAAAUGCUUCUCUUCUACCCUCCACUCGCUGGGACCCAAAUUACUGGGGUGAGGACGUGGGCCCUUACAUAGAAAAGAAGAAACAGGAACUGGUCAAGUCGGGUAAGACAGAAGCAAAACGGCGGCGCCAGUGCUCGGAGUAUAACAGGGGCGUAUGUUCCUGA